AAAUGUAUAGGAUUGCAGAAGAAAUUCAUAUAAAGACUUUCACAUACUUUGGACCAUUCUGCGUAGGUAUUGGAACUGGAUAUUUGCUGUUAAAGCUUCCUAAAGUUAAACUUGGGUUGAUAUCCAAACUCAUUGGUUGGUGCUGUUCUUGUGUGUUUGGAAUAUCUGCGCUUUAUGGCACGCACAGGUGGAAUACGGGACAGUUUCCAUCUACAGAAGUGACAGCAACGUAUGCCGCCUUGCACAGGACAACAUUUGUCGUCGCCUUGGCUUGGGUAGCUUUCGUAUGCGUCACUGGGAAUGCAGAUCUAUUUUCAUCUAUUCUGAAAUUCCGUCCAUUUGUCCUAGUAAGCCGAUUGACUUUCAUGGCGUACCUUGCCCAAGGUCCUGUAAUUUGGACUCGAUAUGGAUCUUUGAAAGAACGUAUAUUCUACAGUCAUUUCAAUAUGCUCUACGAAUACAUGGGAAAUGUGAUAUUAUCACUGGCAAUUGCUUUUGCUGGACAUUUAUUGGUGGAAGCUCCAUUUGCGAACCUGGAACGACUGCUCUUUUCUAACAUGCGGACUAAUAGCAGAGAGGAAACACCCACUAAUCUUUAUCAAGUGAAAACAAGCACUGAAACGUCCUCUAAAAUCCACAAUCCAACUCUAAAAAGUCAUAGUAAAAGCACUGAACAAACAUGACAUCGAUUUUGAUACAGAUGAUAUUUUCAUUAUACUCAUUAAGCUUUUCGAACUGAAGUAAUUCAGUUAACUACUGAAGAGUUAAACAGUAGUCCAAUAAGCUUAGCCAUUAUAUACGAAAAAUCUCAAGAAAUACCAAAGGAAAGCACGUGUGAGUGGACUGAUAUUCAUAAGCCCCAUUUUCCCAUGAAUUCCAUGUUCAUAAAUAGUACAACGCCCAUUUCAUGUAUAUAACUAUGACAAGUUAUACAUGGUGGGUAUUUUUCAUUUCUAGAGAUUGAAUAAAAACAAGUGGUUAAAUUAUCUCAUCGAGCUUUUAUUUAACAAAAUAAAAUAAUAUAAAAAUAAUAUCGUCGACAUGCUUAUAUUCGUAUCUUCGAUACUGUUGCAACUGACCAAUCUAUAUUAAAGAACAUGUUGACACAUGAUGCACGGAAUCGCGGUUAGCUCAUCGCAAAUAUUUUGUUUCAAUUGGGUUAGUGCUGUCGGUUUAUUUUUGUAUACAUGAUGUUCAAAAUCGUUCAAUAAAAAAUGAUAGAAAAUGUGGACUCCUUGGAGACGAUGGCAUGGCACCUCAAUGGAAAAUUAAUUUAUUGAGAAAAAUUUUUUCAACUAUGUAUAUGAACAUAUUUGAACGCAUCUUGUUGAUCCAGGUCCUCUUAUUAUAGCUUUCAAAUUCUGCUCAAUUUCAAGUGGGUUGCACACUUGCAAAUCUUCCUAAUGUCAAAUGGUUUGUAGGUUCUCUUCGCUUUGCUGAGACCUUGUCCGACCUGCUUGUUUCAUCACAGUUUUAGCGGAACCAGUUUGUUCGAAUUUUCUGACGCCUAAAUUAAUUAAAUUAAAUUGAGGUAUUGACUAAUACUUUAUAAAUCGUGUAAAUUGUAGUGCAAGGGAUGUAGGCACUGUACAAUAACAUAAGAAUCGUUACAAAAAAUGCGCUAUUCGCCUUCGAAGUCUUUCAUGGUGACUAAAAUUCCCAGAACUAACAUAUUGCUAGCAAACACUUGUCAGAGCUGGAUUUAUCAAGCAAAAGAAGCAAAAUAAGAAGGUGCUUAGGGUCUCAAGGGAAGAGGGCUGUACGAAAAGGUACUUAGGGCCUCAAGAAAAGGUGCAUAGAUCUCAUGGGAAAGAGCACCGCAAGAAUUUGUCCUUACCGUUACAAAAACUGAAAAAGAAAUAGUAAUAAUAAUUUUUAAAAUUGAACGUAAUACUGUAAACAUAUAUGACGGGGCACCAAAAUUUUUCAAAUGUAUAGGAGCUCUAAUCUAGAGCUGCCAUCUGCACACCUCUCUCCCAAAUGUUUUCUGUUUUUGUUUCAAGAAAAACAGAAUUGCCACUUUUAAAAAUUUAUAACCCACCUUGUUAUGCUAAGAUGUACUGUAACCUGAAAUGAAUUUCCAACAGUUAAAUUUUACGUAUCUCUAGAAAUACUGCAAAAUGAAAAUAAAUCAUUUAAUCCCAUUCCAUAUUCAACACGGACAUAUCAUUAGAAAAAUAUUAUUGACAAAGCAGUGAUUAAUUGCAUGGAAAGGUACAAAAGCAGUGUAAAAGAGAAGUGAAAACAAUAAAAAAAGAAUUAUUGAUAUCCUUUGCCACAUCGUCGUCAAAGGAUUCAGUGUAAUAAAAGAAGUAAAUGUAUCAGCCUGUUUCUGAAUUAAUAAUGGCACAAAUUUAUGAAUUAGAUAACAAAAUUUUAAAUAUUUCAAUUAACCCUAAUAAAAUAAAUUUUCAUAAUAAGUAACACAGCAGAAAAGCCUCAGGUUACUGGGAAGUAGUGCCUAAGCAAUAGAAAGCCAGUAUAACAACCUCUGCAUCAAAAAAAAAAAAAAAAAAAGUAUCAUAUAAUUUUUACUUUGUAUUUAUUUAUCAUUAUAUUUAGAUAUACAUGCAUUUAUAAUGUUUCACUACACAGAUUAAGCACAACAUCCCUUGCUUAAAAAAAAAUAAAAGAACUGUUUAAAGGGUGAAGUAGAACUUUCAGAGCUGUCUAUUAGUUUUGUUAAGUAUAUGUUCAAAUGCUCUCUUCGAUGUACUCUUUCUCAAUAUACAAUAUGUAAACUAUUGUACAAUUAGCACUGAUAUGUCUUUAUCAAAGCUCAGAAUAUUUUAUGAUCACUGCUGAAGUAGUUACAGAUACACUUUGCAAAAUAUUUUUCAAACAACAUUAAUAAUGGGUAAGACUAAAAAUUUGUUAUACGUUGCAUUUUUUUUUUUUUUUUAACUGACACUUCUCAUAGCCAUCUGUAGCUGGACUUAUCAGCUAAAAUGCCACCACCAUAUUUAGUAGGGAGUCUAAGGACAAAAUGGGAAGAUUUUGUGAGAAAAAUAGUUCCGAAAAUAGCCGAUAGAGGAAAAUAUUGCGCCGUUCCAGUAUACACAUAUGAAAAUUUACAUGAAACGCAGGUAAAAUGAUUGAAGGCAGUUAAAAUUUAUAAAUCUUUAAAAGUUUAUAUAAAUUGGCUUUCCCAUAACUUUCAUCAACACUCUUCUGUAUGCAACCUUCUUUUAUGAUUAAAAGAUUUAAAAUAAUUUCUCUGCUAUAUUAAAGGUCAUUUCUUCCUUCAAAUCAAGUCUUUCAUAAUUUCUGCUUCACAGAAGACAAGAAUUAUUUACUAACAUAAAUUUAUUUUCCUGGUGUAUGAUAAGUAGAUAAACAGUGAAGAUAUUUUUUUCAAUCUGCUUAUAAUUUAAUAAAAAAUAAUUAAUAUUCUUAUCAAUAAAGUAAUAUUAAUUUUCAAAUGGAGUUAUGAAACAAAAAUAUACGGAAAAAUUACCUUUCACGUCUACAGCACAUUAACAGGUCAUAUCAAUAUUAUCAUCAUGAAUUUAAAAAUUCAUUUCAAUCAUAUGAUAAAGUAUAAAAUUUUCUAGAACUUUUUGUCAUAGUUUCGAAGAUUAUCUGUAAUUCAGAAUAUUGACAGGGAGCCUAAAUAAUGUCAUGUCAUCUUCCAUCCAGCAUUAUAUUUCUGUGAUGAAUGUGGUAUGAAUAUAUUAUUUAAUACACCAUUAAAAUUUAUAAUUCUGCAUCAUUUUAUAUAUUGCUCUAUUACUUUAAAUAGCCUUUAUUACUUUCUUUUUUUUUCAUUGUUCUUUGUGUGUUCGAUAAUGUUAAAACAAAAAAUCAUUAUUAAUUGGACGGAACAGUAAACACAAUUAUUUCUAGCACAGCGUUUUGAAAAAUAUCUCCCAAAUUGUUUCAUUUAAAAUGAAUUAAUUAGUCGGUAUUCUCCCAACUGGUAAUUUACUGAAUUUCGUUAGUUAGUUAAUCAGUUUUAUACUAGAUGGCGCCACAUCUUUUUCAGAAUAUUUUAUUUUUAAAAGCAGUGCUUAUCGUUUCGCUCACAUGCAAUUCUUCGGUUGAAUUUGCGAAGACUUUUUAAAAUGUUGUCUUCAAAUUUUUGUUAUCAGUUUACCCAGAUUUAUCUCAAACAGAAAUUUAUUAUUUUUUAGUUUACAUUAUAAAGAGUUGAAAUAAGAAGCCAAUGAAAUAAAUUCAUUUUGUCUUUUUUUUCUAAUACUAUGCUUACAAACAACUAAAUAUAGCAAUACAAAAUUGAGUGUAUUUUGUCCUACCUCUUAUGUAUUUCAUUCACUAUAUGCGCGAAAUUCUUGAUAUGAUCUAUAUCCAUAACAUUUACGGGCCACUUUUAGUUAUAUUAACAUCGAGUAAUUCAUUGAAAUAUUCAAACCAGCUAAGCUAAAAAAAAAAAAAAACCUUUUAUUCGCACCCCGCAGCCGAAAAUACAGCAAAAGAAAUAAAUAUUUUACAAAACGUAACAAAUUAUUUAUAUUAGAUAAUAAUAAAUAUGAUCAUGCAAAUUUGAAUAAAAUGGCAGGAAAAAAGUGUAAAAACUAUUUUAGUGGCGCCACCUAUCGAUCUGUAAAAUAACUACACAGUUAAGUAAGGUAGAUUACCUACUGGGAGAAUAUAAAUCAGCCUUUUAUUUUCUCAAUGUAUAUAAACAUUGAGGCAUUUUUUUAAUCUGUUAUGAUAUUUAAAAUAUAAUAAACAUUUCAUUUUCUUAUCAAUUAAAUAAUACCAACUUUCAAGUAAAAACUUGCAAAAACUUUUAUCAUAAUUUUCAAGACCAUUUCUAAUGUACAUUUAGCAUGUUAAAUAAUGCAAUCCUCCAUCCAAAAAUAGUUAUUCAAGUAAAAUAAUCUGGAGAAAUGUUAGGCACAUAAUCUAAUUAAUUAGCAUAUAUUUAAUUUACUUUACAUAUUAGUGUAAGAAAUAUUAUCAAAUAAGGAAAUUUGAACUUUUCUGUUUUAGUUUUUGCAAAUUAUUGAAUUGCAUUAAAAGUAAAUUUAAGUUUUUAUACAAAUACCCAUUAUAAUAAAUAUCAGAUAAAUAAAAAUAAUGUUACUUAAUAUUCAUAACAGCGAUUAUUUUUAUCCAUAAAUUACUCAAAUGCAUGCCACAGAAAUUUGUUUCUUAUUAUCUUCUUGAUUAUUUCUCAAACACAAAAAUAUAUGUGCCUAAUAUGUCCAAGAAUGCAAAUGCAGUUUACUUAUUAGUUUAGUUAGUUUUAAAUGCAAUUUAUCAAUACAAUUUUUAUUUCAUAUUAUUGUAGAUAUAGAUCUUUAUAUUUAGGAGCCAGAUUACUAAGAUUAAUCAUUAUUACAUGCAUAAACUAAAGAACGAUCUAAUCUAGUACUGAUAAUUCUUGAUUAUUGUAUUCUUUUCCUUUUAUUUCUUUUAUUCAUAUUAAUGAAUAGCUGGAAAUAUAUAUUAUCUACCUCAAAAUAUGGACAAAGAACUUUAUUACAAUAAAAUGGAUAAACAAGAAAUGAAUGUGCCAGUAUAUUUUUCCAUUCACGCUUAACAAAAUUCACAAAGAAACUGAAAAACAUUGAGUACAUUUUCUUUAAAUUAUAACAACAUUUAAGCCAUUUAAAUGUUCACUAUAGAAAGAACACAGUCUGCAAUUAAAUUUAAAAUCAUUAACUAAUAUAAAAUUUUAUAAAUUAGCUUUCACUCCAAACAAUUCUACAGAAAUUUGUCUUGUAAAAUAGUAAUUUCAAGAGUAUGCUACUCUAUUGAUGUUUUAUACAAACAAUGUAAAUAAAUUUACACCAGGAUUACCAGAAAUAUAUGUUCUUAUUACCGAUAAAUCAAUAAACAUUUUAAUGUUUAUUCUGCAAAAUAAAGAAUGCACAGCUAAAGGUUUGAAUGAAAAAUUAUUUAUUUACAGAUAAUUAACAAGUGGUCGAUGGAAUACAAUGAUAAACUUGAGUUGCAUCAAAUUUGAUAUUGCACACAAUUUUGAAUGUGAACUAUGCAAAUGAUUCACAAAUACAAAAAGAAAUAGAAAUGAUGCUCAUUUAAGAAAACUAUGUAUAACAUAUAAAAGUUUAUAAGUGUAAAAAGAAAAGCAUUCUUACUGAACAAAUAAAGUUUUGAAGAAUGCAUAUCAAAAGAUGUUAAAUAAAUUUAUCAGAAAAUAUAUCUAUUUAAUCUCAAAUGCACUUAUCACAUACUUAUUUGUAAGUCAUAUAUUUUUAGAAUAAAAAAAUGAAUUUAUCUUGGCAAGGAACUGUGAUAACAGCAAAAUCUCACACAUUUAUAAGACCAUGAUACACACAAAUUUAAUGAAAAAAUAAAUAAAUUAGGGACUGUAAUUGGGACAUACAAUUUACAAUAGUUUACAAUUCCACCAUUUUUAAACUAUUAAACAUUAUCUAAAGAUAUAACAAUGCAUUUCUACUGAAUCAGUUAAAACUGUAAUACAGUCAAUUUUCUGCAAAAUAUCUCCUGGCAGUAAAUACUUUUUUUUUUUUUUUUUUUUUUUUUUUUCAUGAACACUUUUCACUGAAAAAUUACACUGGUGAAAAUUAACUUUUAUUUCAACAAUUUGAAACAUUUUUUUAGGAAAAAUCAUGAACUUCUGUAAAACACCUUUACAGUAAAACCAUGAAUGAAAUAUCAAUUUUAAAAAUAAUACAAAUCCUAUUAAAUGCAUGUUACAUUAUGUUACAAAAUAUUAUGAGUAUACUGCUAUAUAGAUUAAGAUAAAUUAUUUUUCUCAAAUACUUUUUUAAAAGAAUUUUAGAAGUAUGACACAUUAUAAAAAAUAAAACAGAAAACUAUGAUUUUGUUUCUUUUGUGACAGAAAAAGUAAUUAAUUAAUUAUUGUUUAUUAAAACCACACAUAUAUAGAAUAAAUUUCAUUUUUAAUUUCAGCGCGAAUUGAUGUGUAUUUGAUAAAAGUGUAUAAAUAAUAAAUUCUAUUCAAUAUAUUUGGCAAAACUGUUCUUCUCUUAGAUAAUGAAAUAGAAGACAAAUAAUUUAAAGAUUAUGACUAGAAAAAGCACUAUUUUCAGGAACAUAAGGCAUCAAUUACAAAUAUGCUGCAUUAUAAGAUAGACAAUUUUAUAAACUAUAUAGAAUAUACAUAUGCACUUCAAAUCAGAUAUUCAUUAAAUUAGAGAUUAAGAAUAUAAUUACAAGUUAUUGAUUAGUAAAUUAAUUUUAAUUUAAAAAAAAUACAUUUGUACUUUUAGAGCUAUUAAACAAUUUUUGCUUCCUUCACAAAUAGCUUAUUGCUGUUAUUAUGGUUAUAUUAUUAUCUGAAAAAUUUCCAAAAACAGCACUGUAUAGAUAAAUAUAUAUUUAAAAUAUAAAAACCGCUAUAAAAUACUCUGUAUAAGAAUUGUUAUCAAGUAAGUACUUGAUUCUUUUUCUUUCAUCUUCAGAGAUAGGAAAAACAAAUAACAGAAUAAAAUAUUUUCAUCAAGCCAAUAUCUAGUUUUUCUAACAUUAUUAUUAGAUUAAGAAAAUUGUGAUGCUUUGAAAUUUUUAAGAGUUAAUACUUAAAAAAAAAUACUCUUAAGGCUACUUACUUUUUAAGUCAAUAAGUAAAUAUAAAUUAAUGUAAAGCUUUAAAUAAAGCACUAAAAUAAAUAUGGCAGUUCUAAAAAUAAAUUUUUUUGGCCCAAUUUUUUUUUUAAAGUAAUGCAAAAGAAUUUUUUUUCAUUAUAUUUUCAAGUAUUGUUUAUGCAAUUUACCACACUCAAUUGCUACAUUAGUAUACUUAACUUGUUAUCAGAGCUCCAUAAUGUUUGUAAUUUACUAUCCAUAUACAUUGCUGUACUGCUUUUAAAUAAUAAAAAGGAGAGCUGUAAAAAUUAUAGAUAUGCAUUCUCAUUAAUAACCUGAAACAAAACUCUUUCUGUACAUCUCAAAAUGGCAGUGCAUAGUAAAUGACAAAAAUAAACUGAGUAUUCUACGAUUUGCAUUAAUAAUGACUUGAAAAAGGGAGAAAAAUCUUUGGCUAAAAAUCAAACAAACAGAGAACUAUAGAUAGCACAUACACUAACAGAGAAUACGCAUCAACAGUAAGACACAAGGAACAAAUACUUUUAAAAACUCUAACUCUCAUUUCUUAACAAAAAAUUUCAGUUUUUAACUAAAAAUAUAUUUUUAUUUAUAAUGCAUUACUUAUAAUAGCAUUUAAGGGAACAUAAAUUAAUUUCCUGAGUAUAAACAAAAUGCUACCACAGCAGAUCAUAAAAAAUAAUGGAUUCACCAAGGUUUAAAUUUCAGAUUUCUAAUACAAAAAGGGCAGAACAGAAAACAGGUAUAAAUAGAAAAUAUUAAACAAUGAAGAGACUGUUUUAAAACAAUAGCAAGAUGAAUUAAAUUUAAAGUAAGAAAAAAAAAAAAAAAAAAACUACGUUGCACAAUUUUAUGAUGACAAAGGUGUUAUGCAUAUGCAUAUAUAAAUUCAGCUAAAAUUGUUUUAAAAACGUCUACAAAAUAAAAGUCUGGUUUAUAGUUGAAAGUUGCCCUGUACAAUCGCUAUUUCAGCUUAACAUGUUUAAAACAUUAAAUAUUUAUUUAAUCAUUACAUUUUAUACAGAAGAAAGUUAAGUUUUAACUUAAAAACAUGGAAUUUUAUUUGCAGUAAAGACUUAAAUAGCAUCAUCAAAACAACUAAAAUUACAUAAUUAUAUCAAAUUUAUUUACAUUGUAGAGAAACAAAGAAAAGCAAGCUCAUGUAAAUUAAUAAAUGCAGGAUGUUAACUUAAACAAUUUAAUUCUUACAGUUUUAAUUUAAAUUUCAUAACUUGAAACAAAUUCAGUUUUAAAAGCAUGCACAACACAUUAAAAAUAUCUACCAGAAAAACGAAAUUGUUUUACAUUCAUAAACAAAAAUGCAACAUCUACAAAUUAGGAAGCAAAACAGAUAUAUCAUAAAACAAAAUACUACUUGUUAUGAAAGUAAUUUUUGAAUGAUAUAAUAUUUUUAAUGCAGUUUUACAAUUAUAAAUUAUGCAGCUUGCAUUUAAGUAAUUAGUAAAUUAUUAUUUUUGGUAUUCUAAAUUGUGUGGCAAGUUUAUAUAAAAAAAAAAAAAAAAAAAAAAAAAAAAAAAAGAACAAAGAGAAAAUUCUUAUUCUAUACAGGCAGAUAGCAUUAUAUAAUAAAAUUUGAUUCAAAAUAUUGCACAUUAAUUUCUACAGCAGCAAUAUGAGAACUGUCAUAUUCAAGAACUUUCAACUGCUAUAAUUUAGAAAUUCCUUUUGUUCUUAGUAUUUGAACAUUUACAAAAAGUACUAUUUAUAUCUACUGGGUCAUAUUUUGUAAAUAUUUAAAAUAGAUAAGUAUGCAAAUUUUUCACUUUAAUGUAGUAUGAAUAUAAAAAUAAAAUUUUUUAAAAAAAGUUAAAAUGUAAAUAAAAAAUAACAUGAAGUUUGUACAGCAAACAUGAACUGUAUAUAUAGCUAUAUGCAAAAAAUGUAAUAAAUUUUGCUCGUAUAAUAAGUAGUAUGUGGGUAAGGUAUGAGAUUCUAAAAAAAGCAAUAUUCAAAUUAUUUAAUAUAAAAAAAUUAAAAUACUUGUUCCUUCAAAUUACUUUGGCACUGAUGUUGGCAUACAUGUUGGAUUAAAAAAAAAAAAAAAAAAAAAAAAAAAA